CCCCGCUCCAAAUUCCUCCUCCUUCUCUUCUCUCCCUCCCUUCACCAACCACCAACCUCCAAAAAACGCAUCUCGGCCGAUUUCGAUCCUCCAACUAAAAAAAGACUCCCCGUUGUCCGCUACCGAGCAUUCACCUGCUUGCAAGAAGAAAAGACUGUCCGUCUUUUUUUUCGACGGCCUUUUGUUUUCCUUUUUUCCGUACUGUUGAUACACAUCUAAACGACCGCCACGAUGACGACCAUGGAUCUUCGCGUCGGUAACAAGUACCGCAUCGGCCGCAAGAUUGGCUCCGGCUCCUUUGGUGAUAUUUACCUCGGUACUAACAUCAUCUCGGGCGAGGAGAUUGCCAUCAAGCUAGAGUCGGUCAAGGCCAAGCACCCUCAGCUCGAAUACGAGGCCCGCGUCUACAAGUCCCUCGCCGGCGGCGUCGGCAUCCCCUUUGUCCGCUGGUUCGGAACCGAGUGCGACUACAAUGCCAUGGUCAUUGACCUUCUCGGCCCCUCCUUGGAAGACUUGUUCAACUUUUGCAACCGCAAGUUCUCCCUCAAGACCGUCCUCCUCCUCGCCGACCAGCUCAUCUCCCGAAUCGAGUACAUCCACGCAAAGAGCUUCAUCCACAGAGAUAUCAAGCCCGACAACUUCUUGAUGGGCAUUGGCAAGCGUGGCAACCAGGUCAAUGUCAUUGAUUUCGGUCUCGCCAAGAAGUACAGAGACCCCAAGACGCACUUCCACAUCCCUUACCGUGAGAACAAGAACCUUACUGGUACCGCCCGCUAUGCCUCCAUCAACACCCACUUGGGUGUCGAGCAGUCCCGCCGUGACGACAUGGAGUCUCUUGGCUACGUCAUGCUCUACUUUUGCCGUGGCUCCCUCCCCUGGCAGGGUCUCAAGGCGGCUACCAAGAAGCAAAAGUACGACCGCAUCAUGGAGAAGAAGAUGACCACUCCCACCGAGGUUCUCUGCCGCGGCUUCCCCAACGAGUUCGCCAUCUACCUCAACUACACCCGCUCGCUCCGCUUCGACGACAAGCCCGACUACAGCUAUCUCCGUAAGAUCUUCCGCGAUCUCUUUGUCCGCGAGGGCUUCCAGUACGACUACGUCUUUGACUGGACUGUCUACAAGUACCAGAAGAACGCCCAGGCCAUUGCCCAGGCCGCCGGCCAGACUAGCCCCGAAGAGGAGGAGAAGGCCCGCGCCUCUCGCGCUGCUGCGGCCGCUGCUGGCGCCGCCUCUGGUGCCCCCAAGCCCAACGCCAUUCCCAGCUCUCGCCGCAAGAUGAUUGAGCGUGGCUCUGGCGCUGGCGUCGACAGCCCCGACACCAACCGUGCUAUUGGUGGUAGCGAUAGGAUGUGAGUGCGUCAAUAAAACAUAAUCCCCCAAGUCGACAUGUCCGGAGUUUGGCGUUCUCGCAUAUCCCGUCACCCUUUUUUCUUCUUGAAAACCUGGUGGAGGCAUACCUACUCUAACUGCCUACCCGUUCCCAUUUAUUGAAUCUGAAGAAGAAGAAAAAAACUGACAAGAAUGCGAUUUUGCUACAGUGGACGAUAAAGAGGGUUACCAUGACGAACACCACCACCAUCACCAUGAUUACACACCUACAUUUGGAGAGAAAGUUUUAUGAGUUUGCAUCGUUAUGUUGAAGAGUCUAUGGAAUCUUUUGCGGCUCGUUGCUGCUCCUUUAACCCCGGCCUACACAGUCUAACAUGGAGGACUGGGUGUUGCCCCCUCGCAGUUUGCUUUUUUUUUGUCUGCCUGCUUGCAUGCUUUUCUUUGUUUCCGCCUUUGCAUACGACUACAACCCCCGAAACGCCAGCAGCAGCAGCAGCAGCAGCAGCAGCAAUCAGCAAACUGCGUCUAUGAUGCCAAGUUUCUUUUACUGUUUGUCUUAUUUUCUUUUUUUUUUUUUUGGCUGGGCACCCUGUCCUUUGUUAUUCCGCGUGUUUUUUGCCGCCCCUUCCUAUCUUUCAAUAUGUCAUUGCUUUGACUCAUUGCGCAAUUUGAACAUCUUCACCAUGGCCCGGAUCAUUCCCCUCUAGCCGACCAAUAUUCUACUCUUGCCAGCAGCCCUGCUAGGCAGGUGGAAUAUGGGACGCUUGUAGAGAGGAACGGAUCUGGACGGCACGCCCGGGGGCGUCUCGAAACGCUACCCGAACUUUGACGAACCGCCGAUAUCAACAACAGCAUGCGUUUUUUUCGAAGGGCACUUGGUGUCACUUUUGAAGAACAGUUCUUGCUACGGUACCGACAAAUGUUCUGCGGGAUGUUCCCCAGUCUCAUCACUACUAUGACUAACUGGCCACGAGGGUAUCAAGUCGUGUGCCGCGACGUUUGCGUUUUGUUUCCUUUUUUUCUUUCUUUGUCUUGCUUGCUCCCGACGGUUGCACGCCAGACGCCCGCCUGGGCUUUUGGUAACGGAGGUGCGCCCGCCAGUACCUACGCCCGACGAUGAUGUGAAUUAGCGAUGUUUGCAUUGUAGAGGGCAUACUGGGCAGGGCGCUGCGUCUCGCCCGGACUCUGGUCACAAGACUGUUGUCUGUGUGUCGAUGUGGUGCGAAGAGGACAAAGAAAUCAGUAGCUAGAUAGCCAAUACACUAUAUAAAUACACACAUGUGACUAGUUUCCCGAUGCGAUAUAUAUGUGCCAUGCAGCCUCGUCUGUCAUUGUGCAGUAAGCAAGGCGAUGCACUGUGACGACAAUUCUUGUAGAGCAUGUAAAUACCUUCAAAAAUACAGUCAUUAAUUUUUUUGCACUUUAAGCAGGC